AGCUCUGAUUUUAAACUGCCGCACAUUUCUGGGAAAAGUGAGAAUCGCUCAUGUAUUAAUGUCUUUAGUUCUCACUUUCGUUUGUUGAAAUAAUGUCAAAAUGAAUGUGAUUUCAAUGCACUUUCUUCCUGGAGAGGAACCCGUAAACACUAAGUCGAUAGCUGACGGAAUCUUGACUCUUACAAACUAUCGACUUAUAUUUUCAACGAAAAGACCACAAAGCUCAUGGAGUAUACCCACUACUUUAGUAUGGAAAGCUGAAGCAUUUGAAAUGAUUCACAUCAAAAUCAUAACCAAAAUUGGUAUAUCUGUUACGUAAGUAUUUGUUUUUUCUUGAUAAUUCUCAUACAUCUAGCUGGUCGUUUGUCGAUGAAAUUGCUUGUGAUGCUGGAUAUGCUCAUAUUACGUCAUUAAUAGAUACACCAAAAGAUAUAGACUCUCUGUUUGCUUGUAAAUUCCGUUCAUCUUUAGAAGCGAACAUUCCGAACCAUCCUUUUCUCUUAAGUAAGUUUUGCAAUUUCCUUGUUUGAUAGGACUAUUUAUUACUUUGUUCAACUUUAGGUGCCUGUGAAUUGUUACAGAUUAAUGAUGUAGACAGAACUUUGGAUACAGCGUUAGUAUGUUUUGAAUUUCGUCGCAUGAACUUUGAUAAAACAUGGAAGAUAACAGAUAUUAACAACGAAUUCAAAAUUUGCUCCACAUACCCGAGACAUCAUAUUGUACCUCGAUCUAUUAGUGAUAAUGAUAUAAUUAAUAUGGCUAGUUUCCGAAGUCACAAUCGAUUUUUAACAGUUGUCUGGCGUUCUCAGGUAACUGGAGCUGUCUUACUUCGUUGCGCUCAACCUUGUGUAGGAUUAAUGUGUUCCAGAAAUGAGUAUGACGAGAAAUUCCUACGAACUGUUCUUGCUUGUUGUCCAAAGAAACCUGUUUCAGAUCCUAACAAAGAUACUCAUCGUUUGAUGAUUGUGGAUGCUAGAAGUCGUAGCAGUGCACAAUUCAAUCGAAUACGUGGUGGUGGUUUUGAAUAUCCAGAAUACUAUGAUCAAGCAGAAGUUGUUUUUAUGGAUUUACCUAAUCUACAUACUGUUCGUUCAAAUUUUGAAUCCCUAACUAAUCUGUUCGCUGGCAAAUGUCCUAAUUGGUUUUCUUCAUUAGAAAAAUCAUCAUGGUUAAAUAAUAUUGGCCAGCUAUUAAAAACUGCCACAGAAAUUGCUAUCGCAUUAGAAGAAAAUUCUCGUCCGGUUAUGGUUCAUUGCACAGAUGGUUGGGAUCGAACACCUCAAAUAAGUUCCUUAGCCCAAUUAUUAGCAGAUCCAUUUUAUCGAACAAUUCAGGGUUUCAAUAUUCUUGUUGAACGUGAAUGGCUACAAUUCGGUCACAAGUUUUCUGAUCGAAGUGGACAUGCUUCACCCUCAUUAAACAUAAAUGAGCAAAGUCCAAUAUUUUUACAAUGGCUUGAUUGCGUCCAUCAAAUUCGCAACCAGUUUCCUCAUUGUUUUGAAUUUAAUGAAUCAUUUCUGCUAAAACUUGGCUUACAUAUAUGUUCAAACUUAUUUGGUACAUUUCUUUGUAAUUCUGAAAAAGAACGUCAAAAAGCUUCAGUCGCCAGUCGAACUUGCUCAUUGUGGGGGUUAUUAUCCUCAAAAUAUAAUUGGACAAUCGUAAAUUACUUUUAUGAGCCAGAAGCGGAGCAUCUUCUACAACCGGAUUGUCAAGUUCGUUCAUUAAGUCUUUGGAGUGCUUUUUAUGGUAUUGCUUUGUCUACAAGUAAAGUAAAUCCUACCCUAGAUAUUCCUGAAGAUGUAAUUGAAGCAACACCAAAUAAUGCUCAUUCAGUUACAAAUUCAGCUAUUUCAUCUACCAAACAUAAAUCUCUUUCAUCCAUCGAUCCAGCACCUAACAAGACUAAUUCCACUUCAAAUAUCAACUACGAAAAAUGGUCUCAACCUACAACUAACCUGUUAGGUGAUGACCACCCUUCUGAUUCAAUAAAGAUAACGGUACCAAAUUUAAAAAUUGAUACUUCUGAGGAAGUGAAUUCAGAUGGAAAUUUGUUUAUCAAAGGAUAUGCUUCUAAUCGAAACUCACAUCGGCGUUCUCUUGAUGAUAUUAAUAAUUACAUGGAUUCGAGAUCUAAUAAACAACAAUCUAGAGAAUUUUCUUUGUCGAAUCGUGUUUCUCCCACAAUAAUGAAAUCAUCAAGUCAAUGUUUUUUUGAAGAUAAUGUAUGCAAUGAAAAAAAUAGUCCUGGACCAGCAAUACUUCGUCUUUCUUCUCUAUCUGAUGAUACAGGUAUUUGUUCUGGUUUAUCGAAAUCACAUAUACGAUCUUUAUCAUCGCUUAUUAAUGGUAGUUAUCCUUUUCCCAAACAUUCAGAUAAAUGUAUAUCUCCUGAAUCAGGUCCUGCACAGUUAACAGUGAGUUCAUGUACGUAUGUUAAUCAAUUUCAACAACAAGAAUGUGUACUUUCUCCAGAUGAAAAUAUUGAUGUUUUUGCUUCUGAUGAACAAUUGGAACAGAACGAUUUCUCUUUUACUAAUCAUAAUAAUAAUUUAGAUAAUAUGAAUAGCUGUAGUAAUAAUCUCCUAUCUUCAGGUCGAUUAUACUAUUCACAAUUCAAUCAGCCUAUUCAAAAUUGUCAGUUUUAUGGAAAAUGUUCACCACUGUCUAUUUCACCAAGACAGUUCGAGUUCAAUGAUUGUGAUGAUAGCAAUCAUAAUCAUAGUGUCAAUCCUGAAUCACAUAGCAAAAUACCUUUUAAUUUUAAUCUUGAUGGAGUACAAGGUGAUAAUUUUACUUAUAAUAGUCCACGAUGGUCAGUUACUACUCGAGGAAGUAAUACAAGCCUUUAUGUGUUAUCAGAUGUGAAGCAAUCUUCCAUUGAACUAUUAAAGCCUGUUUCAAUUAAUUCAUCACAACCUAUGGACAUAAAAAUAUCUCGUAGAUUUGAUAUUCCUAACAGUUUAAUAUCGAUUGGCAAUGGUAGUGUAUAUCCUAAUGAAUUUACGGUACAUAGUCUACCGGAAAAUGACGAAGUGCUUGUUAAUGGGGCGGUAUCUCUCACAUCCGAUUCAGAUGAUUCUCCCAAUGAAUGUAAUGAUUUGAAUUUUUCGACACCUCUUGGAGAAUCAUUAUCUGGUCAAUUGUUAUCGACGAAUAAGACUGAAAUCUCUGUUUUUGGUCAUAACGGUUCCGAAAAAUUUCAAGAUAUUACUGGUACUAUAUCAAAAGUUAUUGAGGAAAAUCUAGAUGAGGCAUUUGUAACAAAACUGUCUGAAUUACUUAUUCCUGAGGAUUUGCUUGCUUGGCGAAACAAAUACUUCCGACUUGAAUAUUUUCCAAAUAUGCUUUCUCAGUCAUCCUCGUCAGUUUCUUGUGGCAGCAGAAAUUCGUCUUCCAGUCAAAUGUUUGACUGUUCUAGCAAUUAUAAUAGUAAAGCCCUGAAGCCAGGUGGAUCAUUCGACUCAAAAAGUCAUUCUGUAACGGUUAAUCCUAAAAUUUCUUUGCCUGAAUUUACUCGCAUUACGACUAAUGAUGAUGUUUACAAUCGACCAACAUCAGCCCCAAUCAGUCCAACUUCAGCUGUAUCCUAUUUUCCUUCUACACUACAUAAAAAUUCUACCCCUUUAAAUAGAGAAGUGCAUAAUCCUUCCAUCGAUCAAAACAUAUCAAAUGGUACAAAUGCUUUAGAGGAAAUUCAAAAGAAACCAUUAUCUUCUACAUUAAUGAACACAUUGUCAUGGUUUCCAGAUUGGGAUGGUUUACCUAUGCUGGUAGAUCGCCUAACAAUACAUGCUCACUCACAAUUAUGUCAAGAGCGUUAUAAUCGUAAAACACAAAAGCAAUCUAUGCUUGCAUUAGAAGCCAAAUUAAAAUAUGCACAACUGGAAGUUGAACGGUUGAAUUCAGAGGCGAGAAGACUGAAACAGCUUCUCGAGUUAACUAAAACUGAAACAUGUAAACAAGACACAAAUGUACUUGCCUCAUCAGAUGAUCAUUUAUCAUCGCUUUCAUCGUCAUUGUCAUCGUAUGAACAGAAGUUUACACAAAAUAGUCAUAUUAAUAGUCAGUGUAAAUCUAAAGAGUCCAGCUUAUUGAGUAGUGAACUGUUUGUUUCCAUUUCUAAAGAUAAAAAUGUGAGUUUAUUAUUUUAACUGAUUUUAUGAAUUACAUGUAUGUAUUACAUUUUUCUCACGUUUCAAUAUCAUGUAACCAUGUAUCUAAUUCAGAAGCACAUCUUUAUUAUGGAGUUUUAUCUCAAGAAUUUUUGAUUUACCGUUGAUUAAAAUUUUAGUAUUACUACACGAAAUCCUUUGAAUAUUAAAAAUUAUGUCUGGUAUGUAAAUCCAAAACGGAGCAUGUUAAACGUUGAUUUGAGCUGUUACCAUACAGUGAAUUUAUAAACUUGGAUCAUAUUUUUGGUACACUUUGUUUAAGACAUUCUUCCACAUGACUUUAUUACAGUUAUAGUUCCUCCGGGUUCAGUAAAUAGAAUUUCUCAUUCUUAUUCACUAGUUCUCCCUGUAUAUUUACAAUUGACUAUUUAAGUCAUAAUUAGUCAAUACUUUUACUGAAUACUGUAAUUUUUUACUACCUAUGGUAACUACACACCAUGUUGCCUAUAGUGAAAAGCGUUUUAGACAAAGUUUCAGUUUACUAGAGCACAAUCGUAACGAAUAUGAUUAGUUACUUGGCAAAAUAACUAGUGUGAUAAAAUAUUGAAAUAACUGUGAAGAGAGAGAGAAUUGAUAGUUUUCAAUGAGACUAUUCGCCUAAUUCCAAAAUAAUACAUUUCAGAAAAUUGGUUGAAAUUAACUGACCUAAUUCUGUUACAUAUAAUGAACUGCUAAUUGUGUACAAAAUAUUCAGCCAAGAUAUUAUGAAUGUUUGUUACUUUUGAAAUAAGAAAUAACAAAACAAUCAUCAAAACAGUCUGAAAACAACCAAUGAGGUUAUCCCUAUACUCUUCAUAUCAGUUGCGAUUAUUGGUUUAACCGUUUGCAUUCUUACAAAUGUUGUUAUCCCGUAUCAAGGAAUAAAUGUCCACUUGUAAAUCCAAUGGACGUAGAGUUGGAUCGCAGAUACUAGUAAUUGAAUCUGUCUGAUUAGCUGCUGCACUAAUAAUGUUUUCCAAUGUAUUCUUAAUCUUGUUAUUAUAUCUGGUGGUUUUUUAUUCAUGCUUGGUGCUAACCUAUUGAUUAAAUGUUUAUUAGAUUUCAGAAGAACAUCACAAUCCAUCUAACAUUAAGUCUGAGUUAACUGAUCCAAUUGAAUCAGUACCAUGUAAGACAACUUCAUUUGAAUUAAUAGAUACGGAAGAUGGUCAGUCUGUUUUACUGCAGCCCGAUUGUAUUGCUCACCAAUGUACAUCAUGUCGUAUCGAAUUUUCGGCUUUACGACCUAAACACCAUUGUCGAAAUUGUGGUUAUAUAUUCUGUACAAAUUGUUCUGAUCGUCGUAUUGUUACAACAAGUCAACCAAGUGAACCGGUUCGUGUAUGCCGUCAUUGUUUCUUUCAACUAUCUCGUCCUACAGCGAAAUCGUCUAAACAACAAUUGGUUGAAGAAUACACUCCAUGUGUUGCGCGACAUACAAUAAUGAAAGAGGAUAAUAAUGGUGGUGGACUAGUAAAAAACUUCACUAAUCCAGAUUUUCUUAGUUAUAUGAACAAUUCAGUUAUGCUUUCCACUGGUUCUGAUAGUGGUUGUAUGCCUGUUUCAUCUUUCCCUAAUUGUGCUGUAUUAAGAAUGUCGUCAAGCGGUGUCUCCCAUCACUUCAAUGAUUCUUUUAAUUCAGAGACUACUACCAAUAAUGCUACAACAACAGCAGCUGUUAAUCAUCGUUUAGAUUCAAUCCUUACAAAUAAUCCGCCUCUGUCUAGAUGUCAUAGUGCUGGUGGUACUAGGCCAACCUCCUCUGCUGCGUCAGAUGGCAUUGCUCAGGCUUAGUUAAAGAUGAAAAGUAUACAACGAUUAUAAAGCACUUCACUUUGCAUCAUUAGAUAACGCGUGUUGUGUAUCACACUAUAUAUACACACUGGCAGAAAAACAAUUAUUCAUAUCCACACUUGUUUGCUGUCAAUUUAUUCUCCUUCCAAAUUUGUCUUUCAAUUUUGUUUAUGACACUAGUCUUUGAUUUGACUUGGAAAAACGGACUAUUUUCCCCUACUCAUUUACUCCUUUCUCCAUGCACACAGUAUGUAUAUUUGUGUACGUAUUGUUUUCUUCCAUCCAUGGGAGAAUUUUCUGCUUUUCUCCCAUUCCUUUAUAUAUGUAGCAUUAAGAAAAAGUUUUGAAGAAAUUGAAAUAUACUGAUUUAUGUUUGCAUAAAGAUGUCUGGAGUUGUUAUUGCUCAGUUGUUUAUUCAUCAAUAAUCUGUUUCGUCUCUUCAUUCUCUGAAAAGAUUUCUUAAUGUGCUUGUUUCUAAAUCUUGUCAGAUUUGUAUAAUUUAGUUUGUUACUAGUACAUCUGUUGAUGUUGUAAUUGAUAAUACUUCUCUGCUCUUAAAUUACCAAUCAUUACGAACAGAAAUUUUGUGCAUAUUUAUAUAGCGAAAUAUACACAGAAGCGUAGAUUUAUAUAUGUGUAGUCUCUUAUAUGUUCCACACAAAUUCAUUUGCUUUUAUUCUUUUCCGUAUCUUUCUUUUGAAUUCCCCUACAUGUCAUUCAUAUAUUCACACACAUAGAUAGAAAUAGUUUUACAUCUUUCGUAUCAUUAAUAAUAAAAUAAAGUAGUUAAUAAAAUCAGACUCAGUUAUUUUUGUGUCUAUUUCAAUCCACCAACUGACUUGAUUUAGAAGUUAAUUGACUUAGUGAGCUAAUUAAUCUCUCUUUCAUAUUCGUCACUCCUUUAUCAAUGUAUAUGUUUUGUUUUUCCCUCUCUCAAUUACUCAAAUAAUGCUUAUUUUGUGACAGUCAAGAUUUUUGUGUUUAAUACUAUGAUUAUUAUUGUUAUUUUAAUCAAUAUUGCAAAUAAAUAUAUCAAACAAUUGUGAUGGUGUAAUG